AUGCUAGCGUUUUUCUGCUCACCAUCGCCUGUCCGGGUCAAUCGGGCAUCGCAAAAUCCGAUUCUCUACGAGAACGGACGCUCCGCCGUGUCCUUCUACGCCUCAGACGAAGAAUAUGUGUUUCGCACCACCCUGCCUCCUCGCGACGCCAGCGGCAUAUCCAUUAUGGAGCCUCCGUGCCACUACCACAUCCACCAAACCGAAACCUUCCGCAUGGUCAAGGGCACCAUGAGCCUGUACAAAGGUGUCGACCCGAAACCAUGGAAACAGCUGGCCGUCACAGCGGAUGGAAAGCAGCCAACCGCCACGGUCCCGCCCAAGACCUACCACCGUCUACAGAAUGCGUCUUCCACGGACGAGCUCAUCUUCGACGUCCGACUUUCGCCCGUGGAUUACGAGGUAGAAGAGCGAUUCUUCCGCAACUUCUUCGGGUAUCUGGACGAUUGCAAGAAUGCCAAUCAGGCGCCCAGUCUGUUUCAGUUGAUGGUGUUUUUGUAUCAUGCUGACAUCCCUCUCGCCUUGCCUUUGCCAUGGCAUGGGUUGGGUAUCGUCGUGAGUUGGGUCUACACAGCGGCCACUGCAAUGUGGGGGCAAUGGGUAUUGGGAUAUAAGGUGUCAUAUCCCGAGUAUUAUGAGGAGAAGAAGGCAAUGUGAUGAGCUGUCUCACAAGGCGAUAAUUCACAAUGGAGUUCAUAGCGAUGUUCAAUAAUGACACUUGAUGAAGC